GAUAUAGAAGAAAGAAAUAAACCAGAAGAAUUAGAAAAAAAAAAUAAACCAGAAGAAUUAGAAGAAUUUGGAGAACAAUUAGAAGAAUUUGAACGAAACAAAAGAAAAGAACCCAUAGAAGCUUUAUAUCAGAAAUUAAAAAAACUUAAAUCAGACUUAAAAGUGGAAUUAUUUGAAUUGGCACUAAGGCACGAAUCAAAGAAUCAAGAAACACUCAAUAUAUAUAAUUGCUAUAAAAAUGAAGAAUACUGGGAAAUAAUAAAAACAAUAAAGGACAUCACCUUGACAAUAGAAUAUAAAGACAGAUAUUACCAAAAUCCAGAACAAAUAGAAAAGGGAAAACAAGAAUGGUUACAAAAUUCUUACAGGAGAUUCCUUGAAGAACUAUACAAAAAACAAGUAGGAAUUUGGAUAGCGAAUCAAUAUACAACAAUAAAAACCUACGAAGAACUUGAAAAAUACCAUGAACAAUAUUGGGAACGAAUAUCUAUUCCAAUGUUGAAACAGCUCUUACAAUAA